AUGAAGAGCUUUGUGGUGUUAGCAGUGAUUAUCACUUUGUGUCAAAUUGGAAGGAACCCUGCCAGUGCGGGGAUGUGCUGGCUGCAGCACAGUCAACGGUGCGACAUGGUGCUGAUGAGAGGGGUCACCAAAGAGGAAUGCUGCGCGGGCGGCCGCUUGGACACGGCGUGGUCCAACACUAGUCUGCCCAUGAACGAGGUCAGCCUGCUGGGCUUCUUGGGCAUUGUAUCAUGCAAACCCUGCAAAGAGACGUGCGAGGGUGUGAAGUGUGGCGAUAGCAAAGUGUGCAAGAUGAAGAUGGGAAGGCCCCAGUGCGUAUGCGCUCCAGACUGCUCCCACAUCGUACGAAGGCACGCCAUAUGUGGCAGCGACGGGAAAUCGUACAAGGACGAGUGCGUUCUACUCAUGGCCCGCUGCAUGGGACACCCUGACCUGGAGGUCAUGUACCAGGGAGAGUGCAAAAAGUCAUGCUCCAACGUAGUGUGCCCAGGAACGCACACCUGCGUGACAGACCAAACCAACAGUGCCCACUGCGUCAUGUGCCGCACCACGCCCUGCCCGAAACCCCUGCCGUCCGAGCAACCAAUCUGCGGCAAUGACAACAUCUCGUACCCCAGCGCUUGCCACCUGCGACGUGCCACCUGCUUUCUUGGCCGCUCAAUAGGCGUCCGCCACUACGGCCAUUGCAACAAUCCCCCAAGGAAACCGCACGUGUUCAGCAGCAUCGAAGAAAACACCGUCUAG